UACUAUACAUAACGGAACAAAGAGAAUCAUAGCUCGUUCAUUUGUGAUAUAGAGUUUUUAUAGGAGGUCGAGGAGGUUGAUUUCCAAUUCGUCUGUCUUCUGUGUCUCUUCUUUCUUCUUUCUUCAUCUGGGUUUGUUUGUUUUUAUUGCAAAAGAUGGCUGUUGAAGAGGUUAAGGUUGAAGAGAAGGAGACGACCACCCAGAUGGGUGGUUCUAAUGAUAAUGGAGGAGUCGAGGUUGAGGUGGGAGAUGAAUCUGAGAAAGAAGCUCCUAAAAUCAUAGAAAAGUCUGCUUCUUAUAAGGAGGAGAGUAAUUUUUUGUCUGAUCUCAAGGAAUUUGAGAGGAAGGCGUUGAAUGAGCUCAAGGAGAAGCUUGAAGAAGCCAUUCUAGGCAAUCAGAUCUUCAAGAAGAAGGUGAAAAAGAUUGAAAAUGUCCAAGAAAAGGAAAAAGAAAAAGAGGUGGUUGUUGAAGAAAAAAAGAAAGAAAAAGAGGAAACCAAACAAGAAAAUAAAGAAGAAGAGAGAAAACCUGAAGCUGAAGAGGAGAAGAAGGUUGAAGAGAAAAAACCUGACGCUGAAGAGGAGAAGAAGGUUGAAGAGAAAAAACCUGACGCUGAAGAGAAGAAGAAGGUUGCAGAGGAAAAACCUGAAGCUCAAGAGGAGGAGAAGGUUGAAGAGGAAAAACCUGAAUCUGAAAAGGAUGAGAAGGUCGAAGUGAAAUGUGUCGAUGAAGUUGACAAAAACAUAUCUCUUUGGGGAGUUCCUCUCUUGCCAAGCAAAGGCGCAGAGGGGAUUGAUGUUGUUUUGUUGAAGUUCUUGAGGGCGAGAGACUUCAAGGUGAAUGAUGCAUUCGAGAUGCUGAAGAAAUCGCUUCAAUGGAGGAAGGAAAACAACAUUGAUUCCAUUUUAGAGGAGGAUGUUAGGGCUGAUCUGGAACCCGCUGUAUACAUGAAUGGUGUGGAUCGCGAAGGCCACCCAGUUUGCUAUAACAUAUACGGGGUGUUCGAUAAUGAGGAGGUUUAUCAGAAGGCUCUGGGGACCGAGGAGAAGCGCAACGAGUUUGUGAGAUGGAGGUUGAGGAUGAUGGAGAAGGGUAUUCAGAAGCUUGAUCUAAAGCCAAGUGGAGUUUCUUCCUUGCUUCAAAUCAAUGAUUUGAAAAACUCGCCUGGACCGGCAAAGAAGGAAUUCAGGAGCGCGAUGAAGCAGGCGGUUGGCAUUUUGCAAGACAAUUAUCCUGAAUUCGUCGCAAAAAAUUUGUUUAUUAAUGUGCCCUUCUGGUACUAUGCUGUCAAUGCGGUCUUGUCUCCAUUUUUGACUCAAAGAACCAAGAGCAAGUUUGUUGUUGCUCGCCCUGCAAAGGUCACUGAAACCCUCUUGAAGUACAUUUCAGCCGAAGAGCUGCCUGUUCAGUAUGGUGGAUUCAAAAGCGAAAAAGAUUUUGAAUUCGCAAAUGAAGAGUCUACCAUCUCUGAGAUUACUGUCAAAGCAGGAUCAACUGGAUCCAUUGAGCUUCCAGUUGAAGAGCUUGGAACUACGAUAACUUGGGACUUGACUGUGAUCGGAUGGGAAGUGAACUACAAGGAGGAAUUUGUGCCAGCUGAUGAGGGCUCCUACACCAUUAUUGUUCAGAAAGGGAAGAAGAUAGGUGGCACACAGGAAGCUCCAAUUCGGAACAGUUUCAGGAACAAUGAACCUGGGAAAGUUGUGCUCAUAGUUGAGAAUGCUUCAAGUAAGAAGAAGAGGGUUCUGUAUCGAUACAAGACCAAGAAGAGCUUCUGCACUUGAACUUGUUGAAUUGCCAUGUCCAUGUCCAUGUUACUAUUCUUUCUUUUUUUUUUUUUUUAAUUUGUUUCAAUUUUAAUAGCAUAGAAAAACUUAGGUUGACUUUGGAAAAAAGGCAGAAAAUAGUAAGCUCAAAAUACAAGUAGAUUGUCUUUUAGUUAGAGGAGGAGAUUCAGAGUCAUUCUUUUCUUUCAGGAUUGAUAUGAUUUUGUGUUUUGAUAUUUUAUUGUUUGGGUGGUUUUGAUAUGGGUAUUCAUUGCUAUGUUCAUA